GUUGGGUUUUUGCGGAAGCACAAGAAGACUUAAUCGGGCCUCUAUUCUUAAUCUUCAACAGUGAAUCAUUAUUUUGUUUAUGUUGUUCGGAAAAAGAUCAUAGUAUUGGUUUACAACCUUUACCGGUUGAUAAACAACUCUCAACUUGUGAGCCUGAAGACAUACCUUCGGUAUUUAUAGGUUCUAGAAUUAUUGGAAGUUCGGAUCGGAUUUCAAUAAAAACAUUUGAUGGAAAAUAUUUAGCGUCAGAUAAAUUUGGUGUAAUCACAGCGGAAAGAGAAGCAAUUGGACCUCAAGAAGAAUGGACACCUGUUAUAAGGGAUGAUGGAAUUGCAUUACAAAGUUCUUAUGAAAGAUUUUUAAGUGUUGAUGAGAUUGCUGGUGGUGGUUACAGUUUAAGAGCUGAUGUUGAAACCAUUGGGUUCUGUGAAACUUGGAGGAUAAAAUGUCAAGCUAGAUUUCGAAAAAAAGUUAAAAGUACGAAAAAAGAAACAAAAACGAUUAAUGAAUAUGAGAUUGAGCAAAUUAAAAAAUAUCAAACUUGGGGAGGUGGAAGAAUAAAAACUUCUAAAGAAGAGGUUACUCGAUCGCCGUGA